AUGAGACGUAUCUUCCACUCCCACCCAAUACAAUCCCCUAUGGCGCCAAUGUUACUACCCUUAGCCAUGCCCCAUGGCUUCUUGUUUGUACUGAACUACCCUGAGCCUGUGGGUAAGCUGCACGUGCCACUGAAGCAGCUCAAAGAAUACGACAACAAAAUCAUCGAAUGCACCUGGGACCCUCUCAUAGGGCCGGAUGGCGCCCAAUGGACCAAAGAAAGAAUCCUGGCAACUCAAAAGAGAGACCCCAAGUUCAAGUGCGGCAACUGGAAGUUCAUGCGCAUCCGCACAGACAAGUCACUGCCCAACGGAUUCAAAACACUUCAGGGCUGUUUACGGAGCAUCAGUCAUGGACUGACCGAAAAGGAACUACUCGAGUUUGUGAGCACAAAAGCCAAACCAUACCACGAAACGGCCGACAACCGGUUACCGGAAAUCAAGCAUCCCGGCGGUAAUCACCAUGACAACAGCCAACUCACCACCGGAUCUGAACACCCUGACGCUGGCGAGAGACCCAUAGCACUUUAA